AUGGCUGAAAGGAUUGGAAUUAGUUUAGAAAAAUUAAACAAUAAACUAUCGAAUUUGUUAGAAGAAAAUAAAAGGCUUAAACAACAACAUAAAGACCUUCAAGAAGAGAAUCAACGUAUUAAUUCGGAUUUCGGAGAAAAACUUCAAGAAAAAGAUGAGCAAUUGGAAAAGCUUCAACAAAAAAUUUCAAAUUUGGAAACUCAAAAAAAUGAGUUUGAAAUCAUUUCUCAAACUUUAGAAAAAACUUUAGAAUUGUUAGAAUUAGGUGGUGAACAAAAUAACAGUCAAACAUUAACAUUUCCUUUAAACGAUAAUGAUAGUAUUCAACUUGCAAAAAAUUUUACAAAUUCUUCCAAACAUUCUUGGAGCUCCUAUAAUAAAGAUAAUAUUCGAAUCGUGGUUGGAUUAGACUUUGGAACAACUUACUCUGGAUUUGCUUAUAGUCAUGUUAUUAAUCCACAAAACAUAAUUGCACAUGAUCAUUGGCAUGAAUAUAGUGGCUUUUCUAAAAUUAAUACGGUUCUUAAAUACGAUGAUGAAUAUGAAAAAGUUAUAUCAUGGGGCGCCACAGCUUUAGCUGAAAAGCCAACUCGAAGGAAAAAAGUUGGUAGUGUGCCGCCGAUUGAAUUGUUUAAAUUGCAUCUAAGUGAUUUACCCAAUAAGUUUAAACCGAAGCUUCCAUUUUCACUUGACUAUAAAAAGGUUAUUAUUGAUUAUCUUAGAGAAAUCGGAAAGGUCAUGAAGGAGGCAAUUGUAAUGAGGUGGCCGAACACUGAUUUCUUUAAAAACGUAUUAUUAGUUCUUACGUUUCCUGCAGAAUAUUCGGAAAAAGCAAGAUCGACUAUGAGAGAAUGCGUAUAUAAUGCAGGGUUGAUUAAUGAUAUAAAUUCAACAACAUUACAAUUCAUUACAGAACCCGAAGCCGCUGCAAUAUGUUGCAUGAAACUACUUCGAGAACAUGAUCUUAAAACAGGAACAAAUUUCAUGGUUGUCGACUGUGGUGGUGGCACGGUAGAUCUGACUACUCGUAAAUUGAUUAAUAGAAAUCAUUUAGGUGAAAUCACUGAAAGAUUUCUGUGGAAAAAACUUGGGCAUAGUGCUAUGGAAUUGCUCAAAGAAAACCAUUAUGGACAAAUGCAAUACUUAAUUCAAGAAUUUAAUAGACAAUGUAAAUUUCAAUUUACGGGAGAAGUCCAAGGCUUUAGACCUUAUAAUUUGUAUCUCGAUGAUACUAUUCCCGUGAUAAAGCAAUACAUUACUGGUGAGAAUAGAGCAAUUUUGGAAGAGACGGAAUGGGAAGUUGAACUUGUUCUCUUGAAACAUGUUCAAAAGAGAAUUAAGCAAGAAUUUCAACACAUAGUACGUAUCAUUUCAAUUCCUAGUAAACCUAUGGUUGCAAUUGAACGUGGAACUGUGAUGUAUGGAUUAUCUAUGAAUUCAGAUUCAAAUGUCAUUGCUUCAAGAAUUCUUAAAUAUACUUAUGGUGUAAAAGUAAGAAAAUGCUGGACGAAAGACGAUCCAAUUCAUAGAAAAGUCCAUGAUGGGCGCAUUGAUAAAUUUGAUUGUUUGGUCAAGCGUGGUACUCCAAUGAAUGUUAAUCAAGAAAUUACGUGUACUUAUUUACCACUUUAUCCUACCCAAACAAAAGUAGUUUUUUAUCUAUAUUAUACUCAAGAAUAUGAUGCACAAUAUUGUGAUGAGCCUGGUAUGAAACUUUUAGGGAAACUUAACAUGGAUCUUCCUGGCGCAGGCCUUGAUAAACUUUCUUUCGGGUUGGCUUUUGGACAGAUGGAAGUUACCGCCACUGUAAAGAAUGAAACUAACGAACAAAAGUCCAAGAUUAAUUUCGAAUUCGACGUCUAA